UAAAAGGUGAUGUGAAAAUUUGAUUAGUUUCUGUUUCUUAUAUUUGUUUGCUUAAGUUAAUCAACAAUUUGCUAACAUGAAGUUAAUUGGUUUAAUUUUCGUGACUUUUUUAAUUUUCUCAGUGACAAUUAAUCAAUGUUAUUGUUCAAAUGAUUGGUCAAAGGAAUCAAAUUAUAAUGGUGAUGUAACUGUUGGCUCCGAGGAUCGAGCUCCAUCAUUUAAUGGAGCAAUUAGUGAUAAUCGUAAAUACAAACGAGGCUAAUCAACAAUUAACCAUCAACAAUCAGUAAUGAACAAUUUAAUUUCCACCAAAAUGUAAUCAGUUAAUCCCAGAAACCGAUUGAAAUAAAACUCAGACUCAAACCAAAUCAAUUCAACAACAAUUUAUUCAUUAUAACUGUAAAUGUAUCUGGUUAAUUGUGACAAUCAGUUUACCAAAUGAAUUCACAUUAAAACCAGACUGAUUAAAAGUCCAACCACCUCUCGAGUAUACAAUUAAAUUAACUAAUCAACAAAUGAUCAAGAAUGAUGUUGAUUAACAUAAUCCGCUUUUGCUAACUAACAAUUAACAUAAUUAUGAUCAAGAAAAAUUGACUCAAUCAACAAAACUAAAUCCAAUGAAGAGGUUUAAUUUUCCAACAAUUAGUUAGAUCAAUUUGAUAGAUUGUUAUUUUUGUUUUCUUAAUUGUAACAUGUUAAUUUUGCGAAACUUUUUCAUCACAAUUAGCUUAAUACUGUUACAAGGAGUGUUAAUUGUUCUCGCUGAUGAAGAAAUUGUUUGCUAUGAUUCAGUUGAUUGUUUUGAUGGAUUAACGAUGUUCAAUAAGACUUAUUUUCCAGAAUCACCGGAAAAAGUAUCAACGUCCUUCCGGGUAUUCGUUAAGCCCGAUCCGUGGCGUUAUAAACAAUCAAUUCACUAUCGAAAUGUAUCAACGUUAUCGAUGAUUAAGAAAUCAUCACCAAUCGUGUUGAUUGUUCAUGGUUGGGUGAUUGAUUCAGAUUCCUUGAUGUAUGUUCAACUACGAAACGCUUUGUUCAAUCGUUAUGAUACAAUCGUCGCUGUCGAUUGGCGUAGAGGGGCUUCAGUUGAUUCUUAUCCACAAUCGGUUGUAAAUACUGCCCUUGUUGGCCGAGAAACUGGACAAUUAAUCAAAUUGUUGUCUAAUUAUCGAGACAUUUCACCUGAUCAAAUUUACAUAAUUGGAUUUAGUUUGGGCGCUCACGUUGCAGGAGCCGCGGGUCGUUGGUUAGCUGAUAAAUUGGGAGCUAAAGCUGGACGAAUCACCGCGUUAGAUGGAGCUGGUCCUCUUAUUGGUGGCUCUAAAUUGUCGCUUAGCUCGGCUGAUGCUACUUUCGUUGAUGCGAUUCACACCAAUGGUGGUGAUGUUGAAGAUCAGUUCAUUGGUCAUCUUGGUCAUUCUAGUCCAUUAGGUCAUAUUGACUUUUAUCCAAAUGGUGGACAAGAUCAACCAAGUUGUGCCAAGAACACGGUUGAUGUAUCUUGUAACCAUCAUUCCGCUAUUUAUUAUUACAUGUCGUCGAUCAAACCAUGUACCUAUGUGGCCUCAAAGUGCGACUCUUGGAAAACCUUUUCCAAUGGUAACUGUUCCUACCCUGACACAAUGACCGCUCGAAUGGGAUUCUAUGCAAAUGAGACCGUUAAUCGAGGCUCAUUUUACCUUGUUACCGCUCAAUUGUCACCUUACUGUGAGGUUAACAGGAAACAAAAGCGGCCUGAAACCCUUUAUGGGAAAAGCUAAACAAUUGAAUCAACUUAUCAUUAUAAUCAACAAUCAACAAUAAACAGCAUCAUUACCAACAGUGAUCUUGUUUGUCUUAAUCCACAAUCAAACAAUCAAACAAACAAAAAAACCAUCAACCCAAGCAUCAAGUUGGACAUCGUGUCCACAUCAAUCGACCUUGACCUUUUACCUUAAUAAAAAAAUAUUGAAUUGGAUGAUCAGUUAAAAGGGUUGACAAUUGAUCAGACAAUCAACUAAUUGAAUCAACUAAUCAAAUGAAACUUUUACAAUGUAAAAAAAAAUACAUUUCAAAUCACAUAAACAGUAACAAUCAAGACAAUUGGGACAAUAA